GCCAUAUUCGAUAUCUUCAUUCACAUGUCACAAGAAAUGUCGAUGUUGAGCGCUUCUCCCUCUUCCUCACACCACCUCGUCGUCAUUCCUCCGACAACCACUUUCCGCAACCGGAGACUCACCGGAAGUUCCCUCAUCCGUUCUCGCCUGACUAUGUCCCUCGACAACAACAACAACAACAACAAUUUCUCUUCCCUACUGAGUUCUGUCACAAAACUUCUCUGGGGCCGGUCCCUCCCACCGGGUCUUCUCGUCACCACCGUCCGCACCGCCUGGAACUCCACGUGGCAGCUCAUGAUGUCUCAGCUCGCUCCCUCCGACCCCACCGGCGGAUAUUCCAGACCAGCUUCAAAAUUCCGAUUCUCCGGUCCUCCACCGAAUGGUCUCCACCUCUACGUUGGCCUGCCAUGCCCGUGGGCACAUCGUACUCUCAUAGUCCGCGCACUAAAAGGCUUGGAAGACGCGGUUCCGCUGUCAGUGGCAUCGCCGGGAAUGGACGGGUCGUGGGAAUUCAAACGGGUUGGUAAUACGGGUCAGGUAAUUAGUCCGAGUUUGGAUAAGGCAAAUGGUUGCAAGACUUUGAAAGAAGUUUAUAGGCUGAGAAGUGGUGGGUAUGAUGGAAGAUCCACUGUGCCAAUGUUGUGGAACAAAGACUCCAAAGAUGUUGUAUGUAAUGAGAGUUAUGAUAUAAUUCAAUUGUUUAAUUCCGGUUUAAAUGGGUUGGCCGGAAACCCGGACUUGGAUCUUUCACCACCUGAGUUGAAGGGUAAGAUUGAGGAAUGGUAUCAAGUAAUAUAUCCGAAUGUCAACAAUGGUGUGUAUAGGUGUGGGUUUGCGCAGAGUCAAGAAGCAUAUGAUAGAGCAGUGAAUGAGUUGUUUUGUACAUUAGACAAGUUGGAGGAUCACUUGUCGAAUUCUCGCUAUUUGUGUGGAGACACGCUCACACUUGUUGAUAUAUGUCUGUUUACUACUUUGAUUCGGUUUGAUAUUGCUUAUAAUGUUCUGUUUAAAUGCACCAAGAAGAAGUUGUAUGAGUAUACCAAUCUACAUGCCUACAUGCGUGACAUUUAUCAGAUUCCCAAAGUUGCAGAUACUUGUAAUUUUCAAGAAAUUAUGGAUGGUUACUACAUAACCCUUUUUCCUCUCAAUCCAGGGAGCAUUAGACCAAUUAUGCCUUCAACUUCAGAGCAUGAAAUUCUUUGCAGACCUCAUGGCAGGGAAUCCCUAUCAUCAUCAACUGAACCAGUAUUUGUUAAAUAGGCAAUGAACAAAUCUUUCAUCCGUUGGUUCUGUUCUGUAUGUAAGAAUAAUAAUAAUCUGCAAUUCAACGUUUAUAGGCAAUGCAAGUGUAUAGCUAUAUCAUACUUUACUAAAUGUUAUCAUGUACUGGCUGGUGAUUAGCGCCAAAAUUUUCACUUUUUUUGUGACUCAAACCACACUUUCAAUUUCA